CCUUCAGGCUGCAGGUGGUGCUGCAGGUGAAGGAAGUCCCUUCCUUCUCUUGUCUGUUUCACUCAUGUGCGAUGGGGCUGACAGGGUCCAGCUUCCCUGGUGGCCAGAGGAGCAGCAGACCCACUCUCGCCCUGUGCUCACGGGAGAGCUUCCAGAUUCUUCUGCCUUUAUCCCUUGAAGCGAAGGCCUUAUGGGACUCUGCAUCCUCACAGCACUAUGUUCUGUUGACUUGUUCACAAAUUCAUUUCCCUGCAGGCAAUGUCUCAAGUGGUUACUGAAAAUUUAUUGUUCACCAACACUUUCUCUGACGUGUGACUAGGAAGCCAGGCUGGCUCUUCUGUUUGACUCCCUUACCAUACCGCACCAACACGUGGCGUCAAUAGGCACCUCUCAGUCAGCGGUUGGGUGGUAGAACCACGAAGGCCAGUUGGAUCCCAGUGCUGGCAGUGCAGCAGGCCGGCCGGCCGGGGGGAACAGAUGUUCCUAUUCAAACCCAUGAAACUGGAAACAUUAAAAAACAACAACCAUGACAAUGAUGGAUGGUGAUGUUUAUGGUGCCAGACUGCGUGAGCUGAGCUCUAAAGCACGCUCUCAUUCUGAUGUCGUUACACUGUGAUUCCAAGGGUCUCGAACACUUCAAUACCGUCCCUUGCCUGGCCCUCCUUGCUGGGUGUCCCAGUUAGCAUCUCUGUUGAGUUGCAGCCCUGAUCCUCUGACUUUCACACCUCUGAGAAAACAGCUCUGGGUGCGCGGGGAUAUUUUUGGUGUGUUAGCCAGCAGCACGUGGACCAGUGGGAGCGGAGCGCCAGGUUGCAGAGUGGUGCUCGCUGGGGCAGUGGCCCUGGUGAGCUGCAUGUGCCCUGGGUAACAGAUGGCUGCUGUGCUCCCAGCGAGGGCGUCUGAGGCUGGCCUUUUGCUUUGUCUGACAUAGGUCCUGAGCAAGCAGAGCCACGGUCACCAUGCCUGCCUCGGGGCUGUUCCGUUUUUCGGCACCGCUGACCAGAAUAUGCCCCGUGCCCUGUGGGGCCUGGUUUUGGGAGAGGCUCACGUGGUUGUCCCCAGGAGUGGCUGUCACUGCCGUCCCAGCAGCAGGCAAGAAACACCAGCCCGCACUGCUUGCCCUGGAUGAGAACGAGCUGCAAGAGCACUUUGUGAAGGGACACGGGCCAGGGGGCCAAGCGACCAACAAGACCAACAACUGCGUGGUGCUGAAGCACUUGCCGUCGGGCAUCGUGGUGAAGUGCCACCAGACCAGGUCAGUGGAGCAGAAUAGAAAGCUGGCUCGGAGAAUCCUGCAGGAGAAAGUGGACGUCUUUUACAGGGGUGAAGACAGCCUGGUCUUCCAAGAAAAGCGGGAGGCCGAGAAGAGGAAAGAGGAAAGGAAGAGAAGAGCAAAGGCGACCCUAGAGAAAAAGAAAAUGCUCAAAGAGCUGUGGGCGUUGAGCCAGGACGCGCCCUAG